AACUGUCUCAGUCAAAAUUGAGUCAAACCUCAAUGGUCCUCGCUGUAAGUUCGACAGAAACAAUAUUUUAAUGUUAAUGGCCUUUACAUUUUGUGUUUGUCUCCAAAUUCUUCAGAGUUUUUGAACUCUCCAACGUCCGGCUCAUCCCCACUGUGAUUUUUCUCAGAGUUUCUCUGGGUUUUUCUCUCUUGUUCUACUGUCCGAAUGAUCGACCUUGCUCUGUUUCCUUAAAGAGGUUUCAGAGAAAGGGUUUGAUGAGUGUUUAUUGACUGUGAAGCACUGUUGUGGGCUAUCAAGGCUUCUCAAUAUGAAGAAAACAAACCCAGGUACUGCUACUGUUAGAGAGCCUACAGCACGAAUGACACGAGCUCGCGCUGCUGCCUUUCGCGCAUCAGGAGGCACUACCCAUUUAGAAACAGUAAAGCAGGAGAACCUAAAGCAGACUUUAUCAAAAAACUCCAAACGAGCAGCCUUAGAUGAGGCAAACAAUAAUGCUCCUGGUACGGCAGGUGUUCAGCUCAAGAGGAGGGCAGUGCUUAAGGAUGUCACCAAUGUUUUUUGUGACUCCUAUAAGAAUUGCCUUGUUGCAGCUAAGAAGAAGAACAGCACACGGUCAAAAAAGAAUUCAGCAAAUGUUUCCAAGGUUGUCCCUGCUGUUGCAGUACAAGUGCAGCAUAUGCCAGCUGAUUCAACAUUACAAGUUGCUCAAGGGACAGGUAGGACAGUAAUUAAAUCCAGGGAAGUUGAACGUCCAAUGAAGUUCGAGGGGAACAUGCUUUGUCAGACAGAGAUUUCUGUGAAAGGGAGUGCUAUUGACAAUCUGCAACCUGGGAAACAUAAUCCAGAUCAAGUGCCUUCACAAUUACAAAGCUUUUCAAAGAGAGAUGAAGUUGGCCUUUGUGGGAAGUUAAUGAUAUCUAUCGAUCCAGAUGUUGCAGACAUUGAUUCAAACCACAAGGAUUCCCAAUUGUGCAGCCUUUAUGCUCCUGACAUCUAUAUCAAUUUACGUGUUGUGGAGCUGACCAGAAGGCCAAGUACUAAUUUUAUGGAAUCAAUACAGAGAGAUAUCAGCCAGAGCAUGCGGGGAAUUUUAGUUGAUUGGCUUGUGGAGGUAUCAGAGGAAUAUAAGUUGGUACCUGACACACUCUAUCUCACGGUGCAUUUCGUUGAUUUGUUUCUCUCUCAGAACUACAUUGAAAGGCAAAAACUGCAACUGCUCGGUAUCACUUGCAUGUUGAUUGCCUCGAAGUAUGAGGAGAUUUGUGCACCUCGUGUGGAGGAACUUUGCUUCAUCACGGAUAACACUUACACAAGAGAAGAGGUUCUGAAAAUGGAGCGAGAAGUUUUGAACUAUCUAUGCUUCCGUCUUUCAGCUCCCACUACAAAAACUUUCCUGAGGAGGUUCUUACGAGCAGCACAAGCUUCUUACAAGACCCCGUGCAUUGAAUUGGAGUUUUUAGCCAAUUAUCUAGCAGAACUGACAUUGCUCGACUACGAGUUCUUGAAAUUCCUGCCAUCCAUAACUGCUGCAUCGGCUGUUUUCCUUGCAAGAUGGACAUUAGAUCAGUCAGGCCAUCCAUGGAAUGCAACAGUGGCACACUAUACCAAUUACAAGGCAUCGGAUCUGAAAACUGCAGUUCAUGCGUUGAGAGAUUUACAUUUGAAUGCCAAAGGUUGCCCGUUGAAUGCUAUCCGCGCCAAGUACAAGCAAGAAAAGUAUAAAUCUGUAGCUGCUUUGUCUUCCCCGGAACUUCUCCAAACGCUCUUUUAAAGAUAAAUGGCAGACUAAUUAUAGCCGUAGCAAAGAGCUAGAUGGGAUUUUCUUCUACCUGAACAAUACUAGCCUCUUCUUCUUCUUCUUCUUCUUCAUUUUUGGUCAUUUUCUUUUCUUCUUCAAUCUCUGUUACAUAAUUCUUCUAACUUUUCGUGGGUUUGGUUCUUCCAAAUCCCUCUUUGUAAGUUUCUAAACGAUCAAAUGAUGCAAUUAAUUGUACAAUUUUCGUUGCUAAAA